UACGUCCAGCCGUGUGUUUGUGUGUGUGUGUAUUAUAUUAUAAAAUAACGUUAAAUGCAAAACUGCAUUAAAAUUAUUUUUUAGCUUUCGGGAUUACCAAAUGUUUAACAUCCCAAGCGUGUGUGCAAGAAGGGUGGUAGGUCGAAAAUGAUCAAGAAUGACCGUCACCAUGCAUGAUUUAUGAAUAGCGGUUUCAUCCUUUUUGAAUAAAGUUUGGAAAAUUUAAGCCGCUUUGCGGAGUUUGAAUGCCGUGAAAGCAGAAGUAGGAAUAAUACUGAUUGUUGCGAUGCAAAGUAUACAGUAAAAUAGAUUUAAACCGUGUAAGUCAUAGUUGAUAAUUUUAUUACAGUUAACCUUCAACUUGCUCGCGGUAAGUUGGCCUGAAGUUUGUUUUAAGUGGACUUUGGGCCGAUAAAAUAACUAACAGAUCACAUGAGGCGAGUCAUGUGACUUUCCACAUUACAAAAUGGUGUCGCUCAUCGUCACGUUCAAGUAACUGUGCUAGUCCUUGGGGCGUAUUGACUUUCUUGCAGCACUAUGGUGUCACUGGCAUGGACGAAGGCGAUAGUUUUAGUGGUUCUUUUGGUAUUAACUUUUAUUUUGGGAGUACUCCCAAUAAAACUUGUACAUAUUUUUAAACGCCGAGCCCGACAUAAGCAGCUGGCGCGUACAUUGGCAACAGCGAGCAAUGACGAAGAGGAAACGGAAAGUUUGCCGACAUAUAAACGUGUCAUCAGUUUCUUGAGUUGUUUCGCUGCAGGCGUCUUCCUAGCGACGUGUUUCCUCGACCUCCUGCCCAGUGUACAGCGAGAGCUGAUGAGCGUCCUCGAUGUUUACAAUAUCAGAACCGGGUUCCCAACGGCGGAGUUCAUUGCAUGUUUGGGACUUUUCGCCAUACUCAUCACCGAGCAGAUAGUGCUGGUGGUAAAAGAAUCUCAGACCCAUACUCCAAGUGCAAAGCAACCACUGCUUACCAGUGACAAGUCGGAUCUUAUAGAAUCCACACACAGUGAUCAUUCAAUGUCUGGAAUCCACGACCACCAUCGCAAAAGGCAGAUUUUGAAAAGAUCCGAAACCAUUUCGGAUGACAGUUGUGAUGAUGCACAUAAUGUUAAGUCAAAUGACAAAUGCGAAGAGUCGGAAAAUCAGUCGCCGCUGCGAACACUGCUGUUGCUUAUUGUUCUCUCUCUGCACUCCAUUUUCGAAGGACUGGCAAUCGGUUUGCAGAAAAACACAAAUGGAGUGUUGGAAAUAUUUGCAGCUCUCGUAUUGCAUAAAGGGAUUUUAAGUUUUAGUUUGGGUAUGAAUCUCGUACACACAAGAUUGUCGGAAGGAACAACUAUACGAUCAAUCCUAAUUUUCUCCCUAACCGCACCCAUAGGUAUUGCUUUGGGCAUUGGUAUCAUGAAAUUUUGGGACUCUACAACAUCCAGUUUAGUUCAAGGGAUCCUCCAGGGAAUAGCAAGUGGAACGUUCUUGUAUAUCACGUUCUUUGAAGUCCUGCCACAUGAGUUCAACUCCAGUCAUAGUCGACUUUUAAAAGUGUUUUUCCUUUUAUUUGGUUUUAGUGCAGUGACUGCAAUUUUGUUUCUUUCUGAUUCAGUUAGAAAACCACUUUGUGCUGUAACACCAACUCCUUAAAGGGACAGACCCAAGUUUUUAAACACUUGGGCAUAUUUUUCACCUAGACUAUAGUUUCAACCCGUAAAAAUUGACAUUUAAGUUUUGGUUAAUUUACAAACCUGUAACAAAUUU